UUCAUCUAAAACAUUCCUCUUCGCACCGUUUGUAAUAAACUUGCUCCCAAAUUCAUUGGCCCGUUUACUGUCACCAAGAUCAUUAGUCCGGUGGCAGUCCGCCUCAAACUUCAUCCUGCGUACAGGAGAGUUCAUUCCGUCUUUCAUGUUUCUAAAUUAAAGCCCGUAUUUCAUUCUGCUAUUAACCCGCCUGUCCCGGUUCCCCCACCGCCGCGUCUCGUAGAUGGGGAACCUGCUUAUUUGGUGAAACGUAUUCUGGACUCGAGACGGAAGGGUCAAGGAUUUCAGUACUUGGUGGACUGGGAGGGUUACGGUCCAGAGGAGAGGAGUUGGGUGCCUGCGAGAGACAUACUGGAUCACUCUCUUAUCGAUGAUUACAAUCGGCAGGCAGGCGCUUCUGGGAGCGCCGAGAGGCGCUCUUAGGAGGAGGGGUACUGUCACGGUUCAUGGGUCUCUGUGCUCAUUCCUGGGUGUGUGCGGUGUUGCGUGGUUCUGCCGCUGCUGGCAACCCGUUUCCUAAUCAGCGCUUCACCUGCACCCUAUUUCACUGCCUAUAUCUGGGUCGCUCUCUCAUGAUCCUUUGUCAGUUCGUUUUCUCGCUCACCUCUGUUUGUUCUCUCCGGCUUCUAGUGUGUUCUGUGACCUGCUUGGAUUUACCCUCCGCGGCUGGACUUCUGUUCUCGGACCUUUGCUCUAGGAGCUAGGACGUCUCUGGGAUUAUUUGGAUACUGUUGUGGUUUCUGCCUUCUGUGAAAUCAAUAAACUGUUUCCUUCACUCACUAUUGGAUCCGAGUCUCUCCUUACGUGACAUGAAGUAUUUUGCAUUUGAUUUGGAUGAGAGGUUUUGCAUAAGAGAUCAAAGUGCAAAAACUGUAUAAAGCAAGAAAAACACAGAUGCUGAUUCAGACGCCAUCAACCUUCAGUCUGUCUGUAAGUAAUGCUUAUCUUAAUCUUAUACUCUUGAGGUUAAAGUUGAGAUAAAUAUGACUUUAAAAAUUUAAAGUUAAAUAUGAGAUUUAACAGACAUUUUAAUGAUUGUAUUUCAGUUUCGGUUUCUAAUGGAAAAUAUAAUUAUACAUACCAAAUUAUAAUUAGGAUCUUGGAAAAAUCAAAUAGAAGUAAGGAGUUCUGCUGGAUGUUUAUGCUGCAUGUAUUUUCUGGGUGUGACCAAAAUUGCUGUGUUAAAAUUACAGGUAAAGAGGGUUUGACUAAAUAUUUAGGUGGGAAGAGAGCAGAUUGAUGUUAUCCAGGUAUUUGAUAAAUCUGUGAGCAGUUAUAUAAAUUGAAAAUGUAAUAAAUUUGCUUUUCUCACAGGUGAAUCAUUCAUCAUGAGGACUAAUUUACUCUUGCUGCUUUCAUCAGGUUAGUUCAGUGUUUUUGUAUAUGUUUAAUUCCACAUUUACAAUUGUAUUCCAUCAUUUUUUUGGUACACUGUCAUUUAAUCCCAUCCCAUUCAACUCAAACCUCAAGCUCUGAUGAACGUGACAUUCUCACGGCGUCAUGAGUUUAUCUAUGUGUCCUCAUCCGUGAACUGGACGACUGCACAGAAGUACUGCAGACAGCAUUACACUGAUCUCGCCACCAUUGAUGACCACGCGGAUCACGAUACGCUGCUGAAAACUGCGGGAAUGGGAAAUGUUUGGCUUGGACUCUAUCGGACAACAGGUAGUGGAGUCUUUGUCUGGUCAGAUGGGAGCAGCUCCUCAUUCAGACUCUGGGAAUCUGGACAACCGAACAGUCAGUUGUGUGUUAAUGUUUACGGUGGAAAGUGGUACGAUCGCGACUGUGUUGGCCCCGUUCCAUUUGCUUGUUACAUUGACUGGAAGAGACAAAUCGUGAGAGUGGAGAUGAAAUCAAGUCAAAAUCUGAAUGAUCCUGUGGUGAUGAACAGGAUUUUAGGGAAGAUUGAGCAGGUACUGAAGGAGAAGGGUUUGUCACAAUAUGCUAAACUGUCAUGGAGAACCCAGUCCAAUGGGAAUGUCUUCCAAAAGAAUUACCAGAAGAGGGAUGCCCCUAAACACUCUUGCGUUUCAAAACUGCGUAAAUGAACACUUGCCACCUAACUAACCACCUGACUAGCUGAACAUGUAUGUCUGACACAUUAUUUAUUUGUUUUAGCUCUUGAUGGCGUGCAGAAAAAGUGGUAUUUAAUGUUCAAUACUGCUACAAUCAACUCAAUUACAUUUUUUUCAAUUUACAUCAUUAGAAAGUAACAAAUGACUGUGAUUUGUCCAAGCCGACCAGUGCUGAGAAAAGUAACAAGUAUCAUAUGAAAAGCAGUCUGAAUAAUCUGAGUCGAAAAUACCCAUUAAUAUUUUAUAUUUAGACUCGUCAUCAUAGCAAUUGUACGUGCUUUAUUUCAACUUAGAUUAAAAGUUAAUCUUUUGGCUUGCUUUGUUGGCUUGACCGCAUUGACACUAUUGGAUGAGAACUAACCUGAUGAUGAUAUCACUGUUGUUUCCAGAGCUGCUUUAUACAGUAGAUGAAUCACACUAAUUAAAUAAUUGAUGGACUUUACACAGUUAUUGAACCAAACUGAACAAUGAACUGAUUUCAGCUAGAAAUGAAUGUUUUCUAUUGUCUUGAUAGAGCUGCUUUACAGGAGGAUUGAAUUAUGUUUGCAUCACUAAAUCAUUAUUUUCCUGUUUAUCACUGUGAAGCUGCUUUGAAACAAUGCACAUUGUAUAAAGUGCUGUUAAUAAAUAAAGGUGACUUGACUUCAUUAAGGUUCACUGAAUUCAUUAAGCUGUUUUAAAAAUACUGGAUUUGAAAAUUACUGUAUGCUAUGUACAAUUUCUGUACAGAAAAAAAAUAAAAUAAUCUUCACUGCAGGUGAGUGGAUAACAUUUCAGGCCCCUUGUUUGACUCUGUUUCCAAAGUUUCAACAUGUUCUGCUUCACUGUCUGCUUUGACUAAUCCGUCGUCUGCUCGUCUGUAAUUCAAAAUGGAAGUACAAGGGAUAAAGCAAAUGAGGUUUUGUAAACUAAUUCCUGUCACAAAUGAUGGAACUCGCGGCUGGCUGAUUUCACUGCUGACAAAGAGGUACUUUCAAUAAAACUUGGUUGGUUGCCUGAGUAUGCAGUGGAAAGGGAAAAAAAAUGAAAUCAGUGCUGUAGAGAAAGAGAGAGAUGCAAAAUAUCUGGAUUUGUUUGAGAAAGCAACAUUAGGAGGCUCGUUACAAUGCUAGUCUUAAGGUUUUAGGUUUCUUUCAGUGACAGAAAUAAAAUAAUAAUAAUAAUAAUAAUAAUUGUCCUUUAUCAUUACGUUCACAAUAAUUAGAGGCCACAACUCAUUACACCAUUAGUACUCCAACGACCUUGUGUAAACGCCAUUUUUUUUAAACCAAUCUCUCCAUCUUCAGUAACACCCAAUAACACCACAGUUAGCACAGAUAAAGUUAACAUGUUAAUUUUUUUUUGACUGUAUAACGUUGACUUUUAACUUCCUUUUUAACUGUUUGUUCUGGCAAAAAGAUGAACACUGCAACAAUAUUACUAACUGAGAGGAAAGUUGGCAGCAGCUGCAUUUGAAUGAAGUGAGAGAAAUGAAAGAAUUGCCAGACGUGUGAUUAUUAUUCAGCGUUGCUACAGAGGCCAUUAUCAGGGAAUAACCACUGAUCUGUAAGAAUUACAGAACCUCAGACACUUUGAACUUCUGAGAUGGACAACACCAACACAGUGUAUUAACAUACAGACAUCUGUCUCCACAUCCCACUGAGAGAAAAUGCGGGAAAACGCCUCUCUCACAUAUGCAUCAGUACCUUUUCAUCCCCUUCCUUCCCCUCACCCAUCCUUCCCUUCACUCAGCUCAAAAUGGUCAAUAGUAGAUUGUAAUGUUCUACGUGAAUGCAAGUGAUAUUUACAGUCAUGUUUGGUCAGAGGUGGACAGUAACAAAGUAAAUUUACUUGAGUAUUGUACUUAAGUAGACUUUUUGAGUAUCUGUACUUUACUCGAGUAUUAUUCUUUUCUGGAAACUUGCGACUUUAACUUCACUACAUUUGAAAGACAAAUAUCCUACUUUUUACUCAACUACAUUUAUAUCAAGGUCCACAAGUAGAAACUAUGUAGCAGUUUUUACAGUGUGCAUUUUCAGAUUCACUGAACUCUUUUUUUUUUUUCUGCGAAAAUCCAGCCUGUGAUCUGCCAGGACCUUCUUGUAUUGCCAAGUCUUACAGUAUUUCCAAGCCUGCAGUUUUCCGCCUAGCUUUGAAUGGACAUUUGGCUGAUAUUUUUUACGCAAAUCUGGCAACCUCGGGAUC